AUGUUCAAUGAGGUUGAUCUCACUGUUUCAUCAUAUGACACUGCUUGGGUGGCAAUGGUCCCUUCUCCAAAUUCUUCAAAGGACCCUUUUUUCCCUGAAUGUGUAAAUUGGUUAUUGGCAAAUCAACUCCAUGAUGGCUCAUGGGGUCCUAAGUUUAAUCCCUUGUUAAUCAAAGAUGCUCUCUUAUCUACCUUAGCAUGUAUCCUUGCACUAAAGCGGUGGAGUGUUGGCGAAGAACAAAUUAACAAGGGGCUACAUUUUAUUGAAUCAAAUUUAGCUUCAGCUACCGAUGAAGAGCAACAAUCUCCUGUUGGAUUUAAUAUAAUAUUUCCUGCCAUGAUUGAAUCUGCAAUGAAUUUCGAUAUGUAUCUUCCCCUAGGAGCACCAACCCUAGAUGCUUUAUUUCACAGAAGAGACUUUGAGCUUAAAAGAGGCUAUGGAAGCAACUCAGAGGGGUGGAGAACCUUCUUAGCAUAUAUUUCAGAAGGACUUGGCUCACAGGAUUGGGAGUUGGUCAUGAAGUACCAAAAGAAGAAUGGGUCCUUGUUUAAUUCGCCAUCGACCACAGCUGCUGCUUUUACUCAACUUAAGAAUGCUGAUUGUCUUAAGUACCUACGUGCACUCUUAGAGAAGUGUGGCAAUGCAGUUCCAACGGUUUAUCCUCUAAAUAACUAUGCUUGUCUUUCUAUGGUUGCCAGUCUUGAAAGUUUGGGUAUUGAUCGAAAUUUCAGGGAGGAAAUAAGAAGUGUACUGGAUGAAACAUACUGGGGGAGGAAGAUAUAUUUUCAGAUGCUGCCACCUGUGCAAUGGCUUUUCGACUCUUACGUGUUCAUGGAUAUGAUAUUUCUGCAGGACAUUGGUGCUGCCUUAGAAUUGUUUAAGGCUUCAGAAAUCAUCAUACAUCCAGAUGAAUCGGUUCUUGAGAAACAAAAUAACUGGAUGAGUCAUUUCCUGAAACAGGAGUUAUCCAAUACUUUAACUCAGGCUCGUAGACUCAAUAAGCAUAUUGGCCUGGAGGUGGAUGAUGCUCUUAAGUUUCCUUUCUACGCAAGUUUGGGCCGGUUAUCAAGCAGGAGAGCAACAAAAUCUUACAACACAGAGAGUACAAGAAUUUUAAAAUCAUCUGAUAGUUGUUUGAAUAUUGGAAAUGAAGAUUUUCUAAAACUGGCAGUGGAAGACUUCAACAUUUGCCAGUCUAUACACCAUAAAGAGCUCAACCAUAUUGCAAGGUGGGUUGUGGAGAACCGAUUAGACAAGCUAAAGUUUUAUAGGCAGAAACAGGCCUACUGUUACUUCUCUGCUGCUGCAAACCUUUUCGCUCCUGAACUAUCGGAUGCCCACAUGUCAUGGGCCAAAAGUGGAGUGCUUACAACUGUGGUUGAUGAUUUCACUGACGUUGGAGGUUCUGAAGAGGAGCUAGUAAACCUUAUACGAUUUAUCGAGAAGUGGGAUGUGAAUGUGAGUGUUGAUUGUUGUUCCGAGCAUGUUGAAAUUAUAUUUUCAGCACUUAAAAACACAAUUAAUGAGAUUGGAGUCAAGGCAUUCGCACAACAAGGACGCAGUGUGACAAGUGACAUAAUUGAGACUUGGUUGGAUUUGCUCAAGUCUGGGCUGAAGGAAGCUGAGUGGUUGAGAAACAAGUCGGUGCCAACAAUGGAGGAGUAUAUGACAAAUGGAUAUAUAACAAUUGGCAUUGGACCAAUUGUCCUUCCAGCUCUCUAUUUUGUUGGGCACGAGCUUUCAGAGGAGGUUGUAGGAAGUUCCGAAUUGCAUGAGCUUUAUGGACUUAUGAGCACCUGUGGACGUCUUCUGAAUGAUAUCCAAGGCUUCAAGAGGGAUUCCACUGAAGGGAAGCUAAAUGCUCUAUCGUUGACCAUGAUUCAUGGGAACGGUCGUUACUGA